AUGGAAGCCAGCAGCAUAGCUUGGGAUUUCCCCAGCUUCCUUUGGCAGAAUCUGGAUGCCAUAGGCUUUCUUUCAGUUCUCUCGAUCCUUGUCUUCACUGGGCUACUUGAGUGUUUCCAGCAGCGCUCUCAAGCGAAAGAGAAUUCUCAGCUGGACGAAUCGCAGCUCCCGCUGAUAUCCCUGAGCUCUUUGACACUUGGCUUUCUUCUGAGUCUCCAUGAUGGCAAGCAGUCUCCGAUGACCUACUGCUGCGUUAGAGGUCGUGUGUAUGAUGUCUCCAGCUCUCCGAACUUCCAGCCGGGUGCUUCAUACAGCUUCCUGGCCGGGGCAGAUGCCACAGUCGCACUUGCAAAGAUGUCAUACGACAAGUCGCUGAUCAAUAGCAUGGACUUCCAGGAGUUGCGCCCCGAAGAGUGGAAGGCUCUCGAGGGCUGGAUCGGCUACAUGGAUGGCAAGUACUCCUGCGUCGCUCGACUCCAGGCCAAUUGGCAGGUGCCUCCCGAGGCAUUGUCCGGAAGCCUCCUUCGACAUGAUGGAAACUACGUAGCAGCGCUUGAAUGGGCCUCUCAAGCAGACUGCGAUGCCUGGUUGGGACAGCCUGGCAUGGAGCAAACCCGACAAAGCACCGUCCAAUACGUAGUCUGCGGUGCCGUGCCUUCUGCUUCAUCGGAGCUUAACGACAAAACCUCGGCAGGGAGCGCUCCUCAGAAGGCAUUCGCUCGUGAUCUCAUGGACAAUGCCUUGGGAGGGGGCAUCCGCAGCAGGGCUGACUUCGAAGCACUGCAAGCUCCUGAGGUUGAUCCAUCUGUUCUUUUCGCGAUAUCAGCAGGUGAUGAUGUAGACAUCGAGGAGUCCGAUGAAGUUUUGAUCUCCGGAGGGGAUCCGAGCUUUCUGAACGACGACAAGUGGUCGAGCAGCUCGCAAGUUGCAGAAAAGCAGCAAAAGACUCAGCUGGAUUUGGCACACACUACCGAAGCCGAAGACGAGGACGAUGAAGAAGAUGUGCUCUUUCACGGAGGAGAUCCAACAUUCUUGGAUGACACGCUUUGGGGCGACCAAGCUGACAAGAAAGUUGAG